AUUUUUAGUUUUAUUUUUUUGCUCAUCUUACGUCCUGUUGCAGUGCCUCUGUUCUGUUACAAGUGUGUGUUUCCUGCUGUCACUCCUCUACCUGUGGACUGUAUCCGCAUCCCUACACUUUGUCCUCCAGGACAGGGCUGUCUCUCCAGCAAGGCCACUGCACAGAAAGGGGAUUUUCAGGUGGUCCUGCGUGAAAAGAGCUGUGCUCUCCCAUCACUUUGUGGGAUCACUGGAGAGAAGUUUGUGAUGGGUUUAAACUUCACCUUCACCACCGAGUGCUGUGAUUCAAACCUGUGUAACGGAGCUGCUGUCCUUCAGAGCGUCUUCUCUAUCAGCACCCUGCUCUGUCUUCUUCUUCCAUUUGUAUUUUUCAUCUGUGCGUUUCACUAAGCACAUUAAGUAACAAAUUUACUGUUUCUUUACUGAACACUUGAAAUGCUGUUUGAAAAUUUUGGUGGUUUUGCAAAAAUAAACUCUUCCAACCUCUGAAUUUUUCGCAGGCCUCAGGUCUAUGAUUAUGAGUAUCACUUACCUGAUACUACCCUCUUGUGGUAAAAUGCUGAAAACUUUAGGGAAUCAAGCAAUAUUGGCUGUAGCAGCGAUGCCAUGUCCUUGGUUUUGAGCUACUUUUUUUUGCUUUAUUUAUUUAUUUAUUUAUUUAUUUUUAACUUUUUUGCUGUUCCGUAAUUAUGAGAAUUUAUACC